AUGUGGAAACAACUGCCUAAAGAAGAGAGAGAGUUCUAUAAAAAAGAAGCAGAGAAAGAAAAACAUUCGAAGGACAAUCCAGGUUACAAAUAUCGCCCGAAAAGAAGAUCAAACACUCUCAAGGUCAGACCUAAGAAGGCCAAAUUUAAUCUUUAUUCACAUUCGCAACUUCAAAACGCCGUUAAUGACAACAGAGCACCACAACAACAACAACCUCCACUGCAUCAUGAACAACUACCACAUCAACAAAUUCCUUUCCUGACAAAUCCAUUUUAUCCAAUGACCUACAGCACAGGUUCUCAACCACUACAACUUCAACUCCAACAACCACAACAACAAACUGAUUUCUAUACCAACCCAUCAUACCAGGCAACCUUUCAAACUCAAUUCUCAAUUUUCAAACUCAAACAUUUAUUUCCGCAAUUCACAUUUAAAAGCGUUACAUUCUUGAUGCAACAUGUCAAAUAUUUCCGAUUUGCAAAACGAUUUUCUGGCGUAGAAGCUCCAAGAAAACUAUUUACUAAAGAAGGUGAUCCAGAAAAAUUGGAAAGCUGUGAUAAUGAGAAUAUAUUGAGUGGCCUCAAAAGCCAAUGUCGAGAAAGGAUGGUUCAACUAAAGAGAGUGAGGAAAACUCAUCUGAUGAUGGUUGCCGUAAUCCGUAAUGCGAAAGUUCUCCAAACAACCUUCAUCACACCACAUUGGAAGAGUCAGCCACUACCAGUUGAUCCAUUGAAGAUGAGAGUGACAGUGUUACUGCUGGCAUCUGCAUUUUGUGUGGUGCUCUCUGUAUCUGGUGAGUUAGAAGCGGACAAGUAUUUCAUACUGAGACAAAAUAUGUUUGAAACAUCUCUCUUCUAA